UUCUGCUGUGAAGAUGGAAUCUAAGAAAAGUUUUUACUGUCUUCCACACGUAACAUUUGAACUGAAUUGUAUUUCAUGUCCUUUCUGGUAACUUAACAAAUGACUAUUGGACUAGAUUAAGAAGCAAGCAAUACUUUAGAUGUACUUCGCUUCUUGUUGGGACGGCUGUUGUGAUGCUGUUGCCUACAAAAGAAGUCACAAGUUAUUAAAAAUAUUUGGUAUUGCCCUAAGUAAUAGAGGGGUCAACUUCAGUGAAAUGAUCGUUUGCAAAGCUGUUCAUUGCUUCUGUGAAGUGUCCCUUUUGAAGAGGGAACAUUCAUGUUGGCUUUGCCUCCUAGCAAGGUCGAGUCAUUUUUAUAGGAGGUUAAGUGUAUGCUCUGUCACACUGGCCAGAUAGUCUUUUGUGGGCCAUCUCUGCAGUGGCUCUGAAUGAGUUGCCUUGUUCUAUUUCAUACUGCCCCUCGUACAGUAUGGGAAGGGUUUGUUCAUUUGCUGGGCUUACUGUUUCCUUCCCAUGCUUUAUUUCAGAAAUGCCUACUUUUCUGGGGCAAGUUCUCCUUCGAGGCCUUCUACCCCCAGAAAAACAAAGCCCAUUGCCAUGGAGUCGAUUCCAACUCAUAUCGACCCUAUAAGACAGAGUAGAACUGUCCCAUAGGGUUUUAAGGAGCGGCUGGUGGAUUUGAACUGCCAACCCUUUGGUUAGCAGCAGAUCUCUUAACCACUGUGCCCCCAGGGCUCCUCUCCUAUGAGAAUAGGCAUAAAAGGAACUCACUAAGGCCUGGUAUUUAAAUAAAUAAUUCACCAAAUAUUUAUCUAUUAUUUACUAUAAAUGGGGCACAGGAAUUCUUGUCUCUUCUACAGACCACAGCAUUUAUCCACAACAUUUAUCUUGCAUUAUGGAAUUUGGUGAUUGAACUAAAUCUUUGAAAUGAUUUGGGAACUUACACAUGGGGUCUUCAUGAGUCGGAAUCGACUCGAUGGCAACUGAUGACAACAUUGUGAAAUAGGUACUAGUAAGUUGUUUUCCUCUCUGUCCGGUGGAGGCAGCCUGUUUUUGAUGUUAUGUGUGAAAUACUCGAGGGUGUGCAGACCUCCCACUCCCCACUUACUGACUGCUAAACCAGUUAGAGAGCCCAGAAUGUGUUGGCUACAUUUCAUGGCCUAACAUGAAAAAAGAUGUGAGCCUGUUUUCGCAUUUCAAGAUGUUUUCAGAAAGUUUAAAUGUAUGAGUAUAUGAAAAGUCGAUAAUGGGGAUGAAAGGAACUAUAUAGUAGAAUCUCCAUCCCUAAAGAAAAAAAGGAUUAGGAACUCAGUGUCUUCACAUUCAUUCACUCCCCAUGUCAGUUUUACAUGAAGAAACUGAAACAGUGAGAGGGGAAUCAACUUGCCAGAUGAACAAGAAGCAUUGGACUCGAUCAUGAAGGAUCUGGUGGCCCUCCAGAUGACCCGACGUACCCGGCUGCCUGGAUAUGAGACCAUGAAGAACAAGGACACGGGUCACCCAAAUAGGCAGAAAAAACACAACAGCAGCAGCCCAGCCCUUCUGAACAGCCCCACAGUAACAACAGGCUCAUGUGCAGGGGCCAGUGAGAAAAAGAAAUUUUUGAGUGACGUCAGAAUCAAGUUUGAGCACAACGGGGAGAGGCGAAUUAUACCAUUCAGCCGGCCCGUGAGAUACGAAGAUGUGGAGCACAAGGUGGCAACGGUAUUUGGGCAGCCUCUUGAGCUACAUUACAUGAACAAUGAGCUCUCCAUCCUGCUGAAAAACCAAGAUGAUCUUGAUAAGGCAAUUGACAUUUUGGAUAGAAGCUCAAGCAUGAAAAGCCUUAGGAUAUUGCUGCUGUCCCGGGACAGAAACCAUACCAGUUCCUCUCCCCACUCUGGGGUGUCCAGGCAGGUGCGGAUCAAGGCUUCUCAGUCUGCAGGGGAUAUAAAUACUAUCUACCAGCCCUCUGAGCCCAGAAGCAGGCACCUCUCUGUUGGCUCCCAGAACCCUGGCCGAAGCUCGCCUCCCCCUGGCUAUGUGCCUGAGCGGCAGCAGCACAUUGCCCGGCAGGGGUCCUACACCAGCAUCAACAGUGAGGGGGAGUUCAUCCCAGAGACCAGCGAGCAGUGCAUGCUGGAUCCUCUGAGCAGUGCUGAAAACUCCUUGUCGGGAAGCUGCCAAUCCUUGGACAGGUCAGCAGACAGCCCAUCCUUCCGUAAAUCACGAAUGUCCCGAGCCCAGAGCUUCCCAGACAACAGACAGGAAUACUCGGAUCGGGAAACUCAGCUCUACGACAAAGGAGUCAAAGGUGGAACCUACCCCCGGCGCUACCAUGUGUCUGUGCACCACAAGGACUACAACGAUGGCAGAAGAACAUUUCCAAGAAUACGGCGCCAUCAAGGCAACUUGUUCACCCUGGUGCCCUCCAUCCGCUCCCUGAGCACAAACGGCGAGAACCUGGGGCUGGCUGUGCAGUACUUGGACCCCCGUGGGCGCCUGCGGAGUGCAGAUAGCGAGAACGCCCUCUCUGUGCAGGAGAGGAAUGUGCCAACCAAGUCUCCUAGCGCCCCCAUUAAUUGGCGCCGGGGGAAGCUCCUGGGCCAGGGUGCCUUCGGCCGGGUGUAUUUGUGCUAUGAUGUCGACACAGGACGUGAACUUGCCUCCAAGCAGGUCCAGUUUGACCCAGACAGUCCUGAGACAAGCAAGGAGGUGAGUGCCCUGGAGUGCGAGAUCCAGCUGCUGAAGAACCUACAGCAUGAGCGCAUCGUGCAGUACUACGGCUGUCUGCGGGACCGCGCUGAGAAGACGCUGACCAUCUUCAUGGAGUACAUGCCUGGGGGCUCAGUGAAAGACCAGUUGAAGGCCUAUGGAGCUCUGACAGAGAGUGUGACUCGCAAGUACACCCGGCAGAUCCUGGAGGGCAUGUCCUACCUGCACAGCAACAUGAUUGUUCACCGGGACAUCAAGGGAGCCAACAUCCUCCGAGACUCCGCUGGGAACGUGAAGCUGGGGGACUUUGGGGCCAGCAAGCGCCUGCAAACCAUCUGCAUGUCGGGGACGGGCAUGCGCUCAGUCACUGGCACUCCAUACUGGAUGAGCCCUGAGGUGAUCAGCGGUGAGGGCUACGGAAGGAAGGCAGACGUGUGGAGCCUGGGCUGCACUGUGGUGGAAAUGCUGACAGAGAAGCCACCUUGGGCAGAGUAUGAAGCCAUGGCUGCCAUCUUCAAGAUUGCCACCCAGCCUACCAACCCUCAGCUGCCCUCCCACAUCUCUGAACACGGGCGGGACUUCCUGAGGCGCAUUUUCGUGGAGGCCCGCCAGAGACCUUCGGCUGAGGAGCUGCUCACACACCACUUUGCACAGCUCGUGUACUGAGCUCUAGGCCACGUUGCUGCGGGCCGCUUCCUGCUGCACGGGCAAGGGGCCGCUGGGGGCUCAGCAAAGUUGCUGCUUCUCCCGGGCAAGACUGUGGACCCUAGAGUCGCAGUCCAGCCAGCGUUUGCUGGGCCUCUUCUGCCCUAGGGCUCAGAGCCAGGGCGGGGGCUGCAGCCUUGAGAACUGGGAGCCCCCAGCCUGCCAGACCAGAGGGCUCCAGCGUCCUGAGCUCUGCAUGGAGGGGUGGGGCCAGGAACCAUGUGUGAGGUGACCAUGGGCCCCAGCCUCAGAGCUGUGUCCAGACUCCGCAGUCAGCACCGAGGCUUCAAGGUCUGGGGUGCAGGACUGACACAGGUUGUGAAUAGUGUUAUUUUCAUUCAGAGUGUUACUUCGUUUCUGGAGGCCACCACAGGUGUCUCGAGCCCACCCAAGCCUGAGAUCAAGUCCAGCAUUCGGAAGGCAGAGGCCGGGCUGCCCUCUCCCCUUGGCCCCCCGGGCCAGCUUUGCCAGUCCUGUCCUUUACCAAAGAUGAAUGAAGCAAAUGUUAUGCUGCCUUAUUCAGGGAAGGAGGCGCAUGUCCUGCCUGCCCCUGUUCCCCCCAUUCCCCCCCCUCACCCAGCAGGGGCCUGAGGUGUGGAAUUGCCCCCGCUGAGGGGGGAGACCCAGUUUUGUCAAUGCAAUUGUCUGUUUUACAAGUUGGAGUCACUCUUAUGCUGUACCCAGUUUCUAAACUGGAGCCCUUGUGUGCCCUUUGGGCUCUGAGUACCAGCUGUAGGCUCAGCCCUUGAGCUGGACGGAACGCUUGGCCUGUGUUCCUGGCCUGGCAUCCGUUACCCUGCUGGAGCAGAAAGAAAGGUGGAUAACAUGGGGCGGGUCUGUGACCCGGCUGGCUGCCCCAACCGGAGUGCGUCAUCCAGGUAGCCAGGGGGGUUGCAUCAGGUGGGCUGCGAGUCAUGACCCCACUGGUCCAGGAGCCCUCUCCAUUGGGCAGAAGGGCAAGCCUGUGUGCUACCAGCUGUGUGCAGACCAACAGCUCUGCACCUCCUUAGCCAGUCUGGCCCAUACCCAUGAGGUCUCAGCCUCGUGCCCUUCUUGAUCCUCCCCUGGGGGAGGGAUGGCAACAGGGGUUGGGGAAACAGUAUCUCCAAGCAGCUUAGAGUUGGCCAUAUUUACCUCAGCCUGGGCGGUGGUCCUUUCUUCCGGCCCCUCCCCUCCAAAAACGUGCCUAUUGCUAAAGCUCCUCCCUCUGGACACUCAGUUUCCUCGGGAGUUGUCAUUACAGAGAAAAGAAGCCAGUGCCCAGGGAAGGGUGUCUCCAGGGAGCUGAGGAUUAGCGCCAGGCAGCUCAUCGCCAGCCAUGCCCACUUCCCCACGGGCACCCAAACAAGCCAAAGCCUUCGUUGUCUGUUGACGAUGCACUUUUAUGAAUGUAGUUUCUAUCGCUGUUUUUAGCCUUUUCACAUCAUGUAAUGUGAGGCCUUGUACUUGUUAAUUUAUAUCUCAGAUCAUAUUUGAUGGUUUUUAUAUAUAUCAAUUCUAGACUGUUACAGGUGAUGGACGCCUCAAGAGAGAGAAGAGAAAAUGAAAGCAGCUGGUUUUGCAGAAAUGUGUGUUGCAUGGUGCCACUUGGGCCUGGGCCCCUCCAUUUCUACCCCCUACUCCAGGGGCUUCUGUCAGGCACCCCAAGCCCUGCUCCCAUCUCGGCCCUGGCCCAGGGUGGGGACCGGCCCCUCCUCUCGACCACAGCUGCGACCACAGCUGCCUUGUGGCAGCUCGGCCUCUCCAUGACCCCGCCCUGAUGGCGGUAGCUCUCUUCUUGGCCUGCACCCCCACCCCAGUACCUGUUCCCCAAGAGGAGACAGCGUGGUGCCGAAGACUGUGUGUCCUGGGUUCAGGCUCCCACAGAGCCCCACCCCCUGGGGUCUUACCUUACAGAAAAUGUGUUCUAAAAAUGAAUUUGAAAAUAAGCCAACCAACCCUGCACUCUAAAACAAAAAACCAUGAUUUUUUUUUGUGCCAAAAACUGUGGACAUGCUGGCUCAGCAUCCUCAGGACCAAGCUGUUGCUUAAUUUUUUUAAUUAAAUAAUCCAGAUAAAAAAUUACAGGGCCCUAGAAUAGCCUGGGCCCAAAGGUUCUGAAGGGCAGCUUCCUAACAGCCCCCAGGCUUGCUGUGGGAAGGGGCCAUGCCGCUAUUUUCUCAUCAUUCCAUGGGCGUGUCUGCCUUGGUUGAGCCAGCAGAGGCCAGGGCUGGGGCUAGGCCUCUCUCUGCUGCCCCUCCCGACCUCUCUCCCCCACCAGCUCUGUGUCUGUGUCUGAAUCGUGGAUUGUGCAGGAGGUUCUGCAGCCAUAGUUAUUUGACUAUAUCUUGACCGAGGGCUUGCAGUGCAAAGCCAGGCCAGUGUCGCGCAUUACUUACAAUAAAAGGGAUCAUUUAUA